CCGGGAUGAAAUCAAUAGAAAGCUCACGUGAACUCUCCGUCUUCGGUAAAUUCAUUCGCACGCGAAAUUUCACGGGGUAUCACGCAGGGAGGAGCGUCGAGACCGGGUAAAUGCGAUGGAGAACGUAAGGACACUGUUUUAAUGCCGCGUACGUCGCGUUUCGAAAGGGAAACCGAGAAUAUCGGAUUAUCCCCUCGAAGUGCGCCGUUCUCGGCUUGUGAAAUCUCAUUCGGGAAUAAAAUCAUCAUUCUAUAAAUUAGUGAUAUUCAUUCGUAAACGAUCAGCGAUCAACGACGAUGGCUGUGAUUUACAUAAAGAAAGUGCGAUACUCAGCGUUGUGGUCUUGGGGUGUGUCGUAAAAAAAGGAAAAGUAUAGAAAGUUUAAGGUUGUUUACACAAAUAAAUGACAAAAUUUGACGAACGUCGCGAUGAUAAAGCUUCUAAUACUUUUAACGUUGACGAAAGUGAUCGGAGGUUCGUUACCUCCCGACGAUGCCGACAAUGUGUUGCAUAUCGGUGGCAUUUUUCCGAUAGGAGGCAAGGGCGGAUGGCAGGGUGGCCAGGCUUGCAUGCCAGCUGUAAACCUGGCUCUAGACGAUGUUAAUCAUAACAAAAAUUUGUUACCUGGAUUCAUAUUGAAGCUUCACUCAAAUGAUAGCCAGUGUGAGCCAGGACUCGGUGCCUCGGUCAUGUAUAAUCUAUUAUACUAUAAACCGCAUAAAUUAAUGUUGUUAGCUGGAUGUAGUACUGUUUGCACAACUGUCGCAGAGGCAGCGAAGAUGUGGCAUUUAGUUGUGUUAUGUUAUGGUGCAUCGUCGCCUGCAUUGUCCGAUCGAAAUCGGUUCCCGACGCUUUUUAGGACACACCCAUCAGCUACGGUGCAUAAUCCUACGAGAAUCAAAUUGUUGCAAAAAUUUGAUUGGUCUCGAGUGGCAAUUUUGCAGCAAGCCGAAGAAGUGUUCAUAUCUACUGUAGAAGAUUUAGAAGCACGUUGCAAAGAAGCAGGAAUAGAAAUAGUUACACGCCAAAGCUUCUUGUCUGAUCCAUCUGAUGCUGUAAGGAAUUUACGUAGACAAGAUGCUAGAAUCAUUGUUGGUUUAUUUUACGUAGUAGCCGCGAGAAGAGUUCUUUGCGAGUUGUAUCAUCAAAAUCUUUAUGGAAAAAGUUAUGUAUGGUUCUUCAUUGGUUGGUACGAGGACAAUUGGUACGAGGUAAAUUUACACGAAGAAGGAAUUACAUGCACAAAAGAUCAAAUGAGACUGGCAGCUGAAGGACACUUGACGACCGAAGCUCUGAUGUGGAAUCAGAAUAAUGACACGACAAUCAGCGGGAUGACUUCCGAGGAUUUUAGGCAGAGAUUGAACAAAAUGUUGAAGGAAGGUGGAUUUGAUAUCGAUAAUAAUCGUUACCCUGAAGGAUAUCAAGAGGCACCUCUCGCUUAUGAUGCAGUUUGGUCAGUAGCGCUAGCUUUCAAUAAAACAAUGGAGAAGCUGAGUAAGCAAGGAAAGAGCCUAAAAAACUUCAGUUAUACUGACAAGGAGAUAGCAAAUGAAAUUUACUCGGCGAUCAACUCCACUCAAUUUUUAGGAGUAUCUGGAUACGUUGCAUUUAGCUCACAAGGUGACAGAAUUGCAUUGACCCAAAUCGAGCAAAUGAUCGAUGGAAAGUACGUUAAGUUGGGAUAUUAUGAUACGCAAAGCGACAAUUUGACAUGGAGGAACAUGGAAAGGUGGAUCGGUGGUAAAGUGCCACAAGAUAGAACCAUCGUGAAGACUGUUCUUAGGACGGUCUCAUUGCCUUUAUUUAUUUGCAUGGGGACUAUAUCUUCAUUGGGAAUCAUAAUAGCUGUGGCAUUGAUCAUUUUUAAUAUAUGGAAUAGACAUAGAAGGGUUAUAAUGUCAUCACAUCCUGUGUGCAAUACUAUAAUGCUGAUUGGAGUUAUAGCAUGUUUCGUGUCGGUGUUUCUAUUAGGAAUUGACGGCAGAUUCGUUGCAGCUUGGGAAUAUCCAGCGGUCUGUCAAGCUAGAUCUUGGAUGUUGUCCACAGGUUUUACUUUAGCAUUUGGGGCGAUGUUUAGCAAAGUAUGGCGCGUUCACAGACUUACGACAAAGACAAAAGCUGAUCAAGCAAAAAAGAAAAUUCAACCAUGGAAGCUGUAUACGAUGGUAAGCGGAUUGUUGGCAGUGGAUAUCGUACUGUUAGUCUGUUGGCAAGUGCUUGAUCCUUUGCAAAGGAAGAUGGAGUCAUUCUCGUUGGAAUCACCUCCGUUUGGUGAUGACGAUGCAAGGAUUAGACCGGAAUUAGAACAUUGCGAGAGCACACACAAUAACAUUUGGCUUGGUUUGAUUUAUAGUUACAAAGGAAUCAUCCUGGUGUUCGGAUUGUUUUUGGCGUACGAGACAAGAAGUAUCAAAGUGAAACAGAUCAACGAUUCCAGAUACGUUGGGAUGUCGAUAUACAACGUGGUUGUUCUCUGUUUGAUCACAGCUCCUGUAACAAUGGUGAUCGCUAGCCAGCAAGACGCCAGUUUCGCUUUCGUUGCACUCGCCAUUAUUUUUUGUUGUUUUUUAAGCAUGGCGCUGAUCUUUGUGCCUAAAGUGAUCGAGGUGAUCAGACAUCCGAAAGAUAAGGCUGAAUCUAAGUACAAUACCGAUGUGGGUAUGUCGAAAGAGGACGAGGAAAAAUACCACAAACUUCUUAGCGAGAAUGCCGAGCUUCAGAAACUUAUUGCUGUGAAAGAAGAGAAGAUCAAACUUCUGAAACAGACAUUGGCCGAGCGAGAUGCGUUGAAAGAUGGGAGCGGAAAUCUUCCGAAGGAUUCGCUGAUAGUCGCCGAUUUCGUAACCGGCGAAGGAACUUCUGAUAGCGCAAUCGGUGGGGGUAUUUCUGUUUAUACACAGUCAUCUCGAGCUUCUGCUUCUGAUUUUGAGUUUUCAGGAUCGUACUUGUAGAUUCUUGUGGAUUUAUGUUCCGUUCUUUCUAUAAGUAGAAAUCGUAACGAAUUUAAGAAAGUGGGACCUAAAUUGGAUAAAAAAGCAUAUUGUUUCUUUCUUACGAGUUUUUGAUCUUUUUAUCGAAUCUAUCGAAAUCACGCGUCGUACUUUCUCUCUCUUUCUCUGUCACAAAUUAUUAUUGGGUGCAUGUAAAAGUUUUAAUUUCGUUAAUACAUGAAUAGAUUGUAUUAUUUUAGAAAAACUAAUUUAUUUAAUUAAUUAAUGUAAUUGUCAUUGUUUUCGAUGAACUUUGCCUAUCUUUGUGACAACCAUUGAAUUCCUUUGUUACACAAAUACUCGAUUUUUGUUCACAAUAUAUGGAUACGUGAUUUUUCAAAGUUUAGAAUAGAUUAGAAUAUACGUUUUAUAAAAAAGAAAAUAAAUAAUCUAAUCAAGUAAAUAUUUAUAUGCUAGGAUGCAUUCAGAAUUAUUUAUUACAUAGUUUAUUACUAUCCUGACUUAAUAUCUUUGCUAUUUUCCACAACUUUCUUGAAUGUAAGAAGAAUCUUUUCCUGAAUUGUUUCUUUUAAUUUUUCCAAUUAUUGAAAAAAAUUCUUAUACAAAAUUAAAAUUGGAAAAAGAUUCUAAUUUUUGAGUGCUUUGAAAAAUCACAUUGUGUCUGCGUAUUUGAUAAAAAAUAAAAUAUAUUUUAUUAUAGUAUUUUAUAUUUAAUAAAGAAAUUCAAUUGCUAAUAUAAUAUCAGAAAUGGAUGAAAAGUAAUCGAAAACAAAAACGAUUAUAAAGUUGAUUAAAUAAAUCAUUUUUUCAUAAAAUCUAUUCGUUUAUAACGAAAUCUAUCAAAACUUUUUGCACGUAUUGCUAUUUAUUAUCGCACAUCAUAUAGAUUCAAUUCGUUUCAAUUUUGAACGAGACUUCGAAAGGAAAACGACUCACCGAAAGCAGAAACAAGCGACUCGUUAGCUCGAGACAGCUUUGUUUCUUAAUUCAUUGUUCAAUGUAUAAUAUAUUGUUCGCCUUUUCUUGGGGCGACGCACCCUUUUUAUGUAUUCGGUGUCUAAACGUAUAAAUAUUGAAUGUAAUGUGUAUAUAACAAGUCAAAGCAUUAGAUGUGCGUAUGCUGCGUAGUGAGAUUAAUAAAAACGUUCUCAAUGUAAAAUUAAAUCCAUACGCGCGAGAUACUAAUUGAAUAUCGCUGAUCACAUACAAAUUGUUGGCCUACAAUUGUCGCGCGCCUCGUUCUCGUUCACAACGACCUUUUCGUUACUUCGAGAGAGUCAUUAUUGCACAAUUGCAGAUAUUUCCGACUAUUGGGAUUUUAUUAUUAUACAGAUAUUUGUACAGAAAAGUUUUAUCGAACGAAUAUCGAUAUCUUGAUUCAAUCACGUAAGUUUGCAUCCAACUUCUCUCGAAUAUCGAUAUUGAUCGAUAUUGAUUCGAUGUUAAUCGAUAUUCGAUACUGAUCGAUAUUCGAUACGGGAACAUCGCAUAAAUCGAUUACGUAAGACGGACCAAACACUUCGUAAAAUAUAUUUGCUAAUUGUUAACUUUCGAAUAUUUUAUGCAAAUUGUGGAAUUGUCGAGUUUUGUUGGCGAGACACGUCAACGUGGCAAAUGGCACUAUGAUUCGAAUUUAUUCGCGCACGGUUUAUACGGGUCCAAAAAAAGAAAAAAUAAAGAAAGGAAACACAGAGGAAAGAAACGUUUCUCAUUAAUUCGCGAAUGUCAUAUCUAUAACACGUUGCAUACGAGGUAAAAAAGAGAUAUUUGAUUUAUUGUAUAGUUUGUAUCGCAAUUAGCAUCACGAAUAUUUCGUUUGCUCCAGGCCUAAAUUCUUUUUUUAUAUGAUUCACGCAUGAUUUGCAACAAAUUGCAGUUAAAUCUCGUUAGACAAUAACCUGGUCGUUUCCGAGACAGCGUCAAUAUCGAUAUGUGAACCUCAUGAAGUCUGCUCCCAAAUUACGUAUAACGAAACGUUGCACGGCACGCGAAAUUGGUGUUUCGACAAAAAAAUGAUGCUUGUACGCGGGCAACAAGAUAUUACAUACAUUCACGCAAAAAAAAAAAAACAACGUGCUAACGAGAUUUAAACGCUUCAAAAUGUUGCGCCAUUCAUAAAUAAUUUGGGAGUCUUGAUGAGGUGGAUCGACAAUUAUUUAUGGCCAACCAACGUUUAAUCUUUCAGAUCUUACACUCUUAAUAAUGUAAAAUAUAUAAAUAUGAUGCUCCACUCGAAUAUCAAUUAUUUAUGAAUGGGCAAGAAAAAAAAACAAUCUGUACGCUUAUACCGCAUAGAUAUCUGAAGGAUUAUCGUUUUUGAAUUCUUCUUUUUAGAAACGGACCAGGUUGGCUGAACGCAAGAGCCCCGUCGAUUAGGAUGACAAAAGCAAUACGAGCAUAUGAACGAGCUGAAAGCUCUCACAAGGCAAAAAAAA